AUGGCUGCGAGGGCUCAGUUCUUGAGAGAGUACAAGCUGGUCGUUGUUGGCGGAGGGGGUGUCGGGAAGUCUGCUUUGACUAUUCAAUUCAUUCAGAGCCAUUUCGUCGACGAAUACGACCCUACCAUCGAAGAUUCAUACCGUAAGCAAUGCGUUAUUGACGAGGAGGUCGCUCUGCUCGAUGUUCUCGACACCGCUGGUCAGGAGGAGUACGGGGCCAUGCGGGAGCAGUACAUGCGCACCGGCGAGGGCUUCCUCCUCGUCUACUCGAUUACCUCGCGCAACUCCUUCGAGGAAAUCAGUACCUUCCACCAGCAAAUCCUCCGCGUUAAGGACCAAGAUUCCUUCCCCGUCAUCGUCGUAGCUAACAAGUGUGACUUGGAAUACGAGAGACAAGUGGGCAUGAAUGAGGGUCGUGACCUGGCAAAGCAUUUCGGAUGCAAGUUUAUUGAGACCUCAGCGAAGCAAAGGAUCAACGUCGACGAGGCCUUCAGUAAUCUUGUCCGAGAGAUCCGGAAGUACAACAAGGAACAGCAAACUGGUCGCCCCGCCCUCGCCGGUCCCGGUGGUAGCGCUCCUGGAUCGUACGGCGGAAAAGAUCAGCACGAGGACACACCUGGCUGCUGUACCGGCUGCGUCAUCCUCUAA